AACGCAGAGCGAUUCGCAAGCCUCUCCUGAUCUGUCCACGCAAUGAGCUGAUUGUCUUUCUACACAGCUCGCACCUUCAAAGCGAGCUCGCAUCGCCUCCGAACACACUCUCCAGGGGCUCCAGCACCAUGGCCGCCCUGGACCGCAAGACGAAGAUAUGCAGCCGCCGCGAGAUCGAGAGCCUCAUCGCCGAGGGACGCCAGAUCGUGAUCGUGGAUAGCAAGGUGCUGAAGGUGGACGUAUGGCUGCCAUAUCAUCCAGGCGGUGACAAGGCCAUCAGGCACAUGGUGGGCCGCGAUGCCACCGACGAAGUGCACCGCUUCCACUCUGCACAGACGCUCGAGCUCACCAGUCGCUACCAAAUCGGCUGCAUCGAGGGUCGAUGGCUCAAUUUUGUGCCGCCAAUCCAGGGGGGCAAGUUCAGGACACGGGAAGAGCUGGACAAGAUAUCCGACGAGGAUUACGCCGAGUCGUGCUCGGAGGAGCACGAGUCUGUCAGCUCUUCGUCUUCGGCAGCGCAGAGUCCAGUGUUCGAGCCCGCCGACCCGCCCGCCGCUUCGCUUCGCAAGCGUCAUGUAUCACCCUCGGCUUCAUCCGUCUCGUCGAUGGAGCUCGAGCAGCCGGCCGCUCCUACCAAGAUGUCCGUACUGGAUGCACGAACACAAGAAGAGCUGGAUUUUGACAAGGCAAAAUAUCCCUCCUUGGACCCCGAGAGCCAGGACAACAUCGUUCGCAAGUACCGCCAGCUGCAGGACCGCAUUGAGGCCGAAGGCUUGUACCAGUGCAAUUACUGGUCAGGGUAUGGCGUCGAGUGUCUCCGCUACUUUACCGCCCUUGCUUUGACCGGUCUUUGCCUGCGGGCCGGAUGGUACAUCACCGCAGCCUUCCCGCUUGGCUUCUUGUGGCACCAGCUGUCCUUCACAGUGCACGACGCCGCUCAUAUGGGCGUUACCCACAACUACUACGUCGACUCUAUUCUAGCCAUGUUUAUCGCAAACUACUGUGGCGGUCUGAGCGCGUGCUGGUGGAAGCACAGCCACAACGUGCACCACCUCGUCACAAACUCGCCAGAGCACGACCCCGAUAUCGAAUACCUUCCCUUUUUCGCGAUCACGCACAGGUUCUUUGAAGAUCUUAGAUCUACCUAUCACGAGUUCACGAUGAAGUACGAUGCCAUUGCCAAGGUCAUGGUUCGUAUCCAGCAUUACACAUACUACCCGAUUAUGAUGGUUGCGCGUUUCAACCUCUACAGACUCGGCUGGACCUACAUUUUACUGAACCAGAGUCCCAAGAAAGGUCAAGCCUGGUGGUUCCGCUACUUCGAGCUUGUCGGCCAAGUCUUCUUCUGGACCUGGUACGGCUACUUCGUGGUGUACAAGACGAUCCCCGGCGGCUGGAACCGCUUCGCGUUCGUCAUGAUCAGCCACGCCAUCACCGCGCCCCUGCAUGUCCAAAUUACCCUCUCGCACUUCGCCAUGAGUACCACCGACAUGGGCGUUACCGAGUCCUUCCCCCAGAAGAUGCUGAGAACCACCAUGGACGUCGACUGUCCCCAGUGGCUUGACUUCUUCCACGGCGGCCUCCAGUUCCAGGCUAUUCACCACCUGUACCCUAGAAUUCCGCGGCAUAACUUGCGCCGCACACAAAAGUUGGUCCAGGAGUUUUGCAACGAGGUGGAUAUACCCUAUGCGCUAUACGGAUUCGUAGACGGUAAUAAGAAAGUCCUUGGAAGGAUGGCGGAUGUCGCGCGGCAGGCUGCUAUCUUGGCUGAGUGCCAGCGCACGAUCGUGGCUGGCGAGGUCGCGCAUUAACGGGACUCUGACAUUUGCAUAGCAUGCGAGAUUUGCUGUUGGACAUAGAAUCAUGAUAGGACGGAAAGACAAUGGAUACGAUAUACACGGCAGCGCACGACGUCCGCUGUCAUUGGCACACUGCUUAUCCACAUACAAGUCAUAUUGCGUGUUCUUGUCCACCGCGCUACG